GCCUGUGAAUGAAAUCUAAAAUUACGUUAGGUAGGCAUGUUUGGUAUUUGUGGUGCGUUGUUCUAGCUGCACUUGCAGAAGCUUGGCUUAUUGGUUCAGAAAUGCGCAGUGUCAUAGUCUGACGUGAUACUACGGCGCCUAUCCGUGUGUUUAUCUCUGACACCUGACGGCGUGUUCCUUUCUCCGUUCCCCUGAUCACGACCACUGCGACUGCAGACCAGCGACUCUCCCGCUUUAUGGAAACCGAGGCUGUGCGCUCUGUCGUGGUCAUGCUACCUCCCAAGAACUGCCUCCCGAGGAACUACAGCUGCAUAGCUGGGUUGUUCGGGAGCUUGACAGCAGACCCGAGAUUAGAAGACGAAGAGGGGAUGGAGCUGAACGGAGCAAGCGAGCCCAUCGAGAUGCACCAUGUGGUGGAUGAGAGACCAAGAGGACGGGAAUCCUUCCUCAAACCCCCGCAGAGUCCGAACCUGCGCCGCAGGUGCAAGUCUCUGCCGACCCCCAUAGAGAGAGCGAAGCUUGAGAUCUCCCGCAGCCGGAGUCCCUGCAGCCAGAAAAAGGUCCGUUUCGCCGACUCUCUGGGUCUGGAGCUCACCUCUGUGAAGCACUUUAAUGACACAGACAUGCCCGAUGUGCCGGAGCGCAUAAUGGCGAGAUUCGACAGGGGUCCCCUCCAUCUGAACCCAUUUGACAAGUUCCCCAGGGCACCGACCACCCAGUCAAGUUAUAUGGAGCUGCAAUUCAAGAACCCCGGGACCCUACCAGGCUUUACUGAGAAAGUGAAAGAACUUAAAGUGUUGUUGGAGUGUGCUGAAGCCGACGAGUUCAGUCUGUCGGGCGUCGUGCGGGUUUUGAACAUGGCUUUCGAGAAAAGUGUCUAUUUGAGGUUCUCAAUCAACAACUGGAUAACCUUCAUGGACAGUCUGACAUCAUAUGUCCCCGAAUCAAGUGACGGUGUGACAGACAAAUUCUCCUUUAAGAUAAUCACACCAACGACGUUUCUGGAGAGCGGAGGCACAUUCCAGUUUGCCAUUAGAUACUGCGUUGGUGGAGAUGAGUAUUGGGACAAUAAUAACGGGUUCAACUACAAAGUGCGACGCCACAGGUUUAAGAUUUCUCCACCCCGUGAGUGGGAGGAUGGCUGGAUUCACUUCAUCUAACCUGCAUGCGCCCUUGGCGUUCUCACCGGUGCACUGUGUGUGUAAAGCACGCAAUCUCUCCACGGGCACCGCUUUACCAUAAUGAAGAAUAGGGCUACCAUAGGCUAUAGCCUCUACACACUGUGUUAAUGAUCCAACCGCCGUGUCCAGCUGUACACUCAGUCAUUUUUUACAUUGUUUGGGUUAUGAUUUUUUCACCACCAUUGGUUUUGUUUCAUGUCAUUAUGUUUGACAGAUUUGACAGGAUGAAAGACAAGCCCUUCAUUAGGUGUCCGCCGUGGGAGCAUGGGACUGUGCUCACGUGCAUCCCCCUGUGUACCUGUCAUGCCGGAUUUCAAUCCGAUUCUCUCAUCUGAAAACUCCAGCGGAUGGAGCAGGCCGAAGCUCAGUCACAACAAUAUUCGCACUGGAUCAACAAAGGGAAUAUCAAAUUGUCAUUUGUUUGACCAAUUCCUCAUAUUUUCAUCUGAUUGGUUAUGCCUUAUAACUAAAGGGGAACGCUGCUGUGCUUUUAUCUUGAUCAAUAUUGGGUGUAUUCAGUUUUAUAACUAUUUGAACAUUAAUAUUUAAAUGUUGGGGUAAUGAUUAAACCCUCUCUAUAGCACUGCUCAACGAGAUGAUGUUAGAAAAAGGAAAUCAUCCCACGAGCUUUGUUCGCAGGUUAUAAAUGCAACAUAAUAUUUUCUCCAGAGGAUGGUAACCAAUAGCAGGAGAGUAGACUGUGGGUCAGAGUGGAGCCCUACUGUCUAGCAGUAGGUUAGCCUAUUAGGAUGCUCUGGUAUAACCCUCAAACAUGUUACAUAAUAAUAUGUGGAUAUUUACCACUCUAAAAUGCCAAAUAAUGCAUAUGCUAUAUGCAUUAUUUUAAACUAGAGGACAUGUAUAUUUUACAAAAAAAACUGUUGUACAGAUUUUUUUGUACAGGAUCUUAUGCUAGAUUUUUCUCUGCAGUGCAGUCUGCAUGUAUCUGACAGGUGAUAUUUUACAACAUUCCUGUUGUGACACUCUUGAUCUCAACCAGUCACAAUAAUUCACCAGGUGUCUUGUAAACAAUAGUUGAGGAUACCUCUAACCCUACGGUCCACUGCAGUCAGUCACCACUGCCUCACCCAUACAGUAUCUCUACCUUCUUCAAGGUUGAACUUUAAUGACAAAAUCCACACGCAUAUCACUCCAUUUUAUAACUGUUAUUACACAAUGAUAAAUUACAGAGACAGAUACUGUUGGACUUUUGUUUCUGUUCCUUGUUGGACCUGAAAUGCAACUGUUGUUGUGGAAAAUGAUACAUUUACCUCAGAUCGUUUCUAGAGUGUGGACCUGACGAUCUUCCAAAAAUUCCAGGUUUCUCUCCUUUUAUUCAGGUUGAACAAAACAAAACACUAUUUUUUUAUGAAGUACAGUAGAACCAAAAUAGUCAAACUCAUGCCAUUUUUAAAACACAUCCAGUCCAGUAAAACAGUAGCAUUUCAUUGUCAGUAUUUUGUAAAUAACUUCCACUUGUGCAAUGUUGUAUUUUACAGUAGAACUGUGGUGAUGACAGCAUCUGAACUACUUUUAGUAGUUGAUGCUAUUGCACUGGUGCUUCAUGCUGAACUCAUUUGUUGGCACAUUGGCAUCACAUAAUGCAUGUGUCAAACUCAUUCCACUGAGGGCCAAGUGUCGGCGGGUUUUCGCUCCACCCUUGUGCUUGAUUGAUGAAUUAAGGUAAACAAUUAGUAAGGAACUCCUCUCACCUGGUUGUCUUUGACACCCCUGACAUGAGGCGAGGGAGCUCAUUAUGGAUGGAUGUCAAACUAAACUUAGGUUAUGUAGCGCAACAGCCACAGUACACAAACGGUUUGUCUACAUGUGUACUGUAUGUACAGCAUGUUUAAAUUAGAGUUUCUAUUUAUUUGGGUUGUUAUAAUUUGUAGGAGUUUUCUAUGCCAUGAAUGCUUGGAAUGAAUCAAUAUUUUGUUUUGAAUAGGACGCCUCUGAGAGAUCAGCAGCUUGGAGAUGUAUCUGUUUAGAAAAUGGAAUGCAUCUCUGAGACUAACAGAUGUAGUUAUGUAAUAUAGUUAGUUACUGUUGUCUGCCUAUGGUGGUCAGUAAGAAAAGCCUGUGUUUACAUGAACCAGGACUUGGCAGGAGCUUGGUCAGCUAAUUCAACCCUUGAGAUUGAAAAUGGAAAAUAGACUACUCAUGUGACCACUGAGCAUGUCCAAAUGACUCAAACAAUUUAGAAGAGUUGUUUGGUUUCCAGAGUCCAGCAGUUGGCUCUUUCUAAUAUCUCCAUGGGAAAUCUGUAGAGCCUGGUUGGACCAAAAUAACCUCAAUCACGGUCUCACGUCUCACGUUAACCAACCUCUAGGGCUGCACGAUAUGGGCAAACAAAUGUAAUAGCGAUUUUUAUUUUUAACAAAUAUGGUUAUUGCGAUUUGACGUGUGAUAAAUAUCAAAAUAUUUGGGUGAACUGUUGGAAUUAUAGAAAUAUAUUGAAUUAAAUUAAGAAGCUAAGUGGAAAGCAGCAUCGUUCUUGUUUGGAACAAUUUGUUGACUGCGUUGACCUGACGGAACAACAUGCAAAUUUAUCGUCAAUCAUCUAACAGCGAGGGGGAGGAACUGCACUGCUUGAGUGACAGGGGCGAGGCUUAGUGUGUGUGGGAACCAGCCACAAUAUGAAAAAAAACGGAGUUAAAACCGAAAGUUACUCACGGCUGAGAUGCAUUUCAAAAUAUUGCAUAUGAUAUGGAUCUCUUGCGAUAUGGAUAUGAUUUUGAUGUGAAUUCGAUUAAUUGUGCAGCCCUCUCUUGAGUUGAGACAUGACCAUUGGUUGACAGCUGGUUGGCCUCACUGUGUUCAGAAGCAUGCUUGUCUGUGCAGUCAGUGAGUUCCACACACGGCAGCUGUAUCUCCACAAAGACUACUGUGGUUAACAAGAUAUCACGCCUUGUGAGAGAUUGUUUUAUGUUCUUAAGUCUGAUGAAAUAUAAAUGUUAUUUUUCCUCAUGUACCUUUUGCUUAUGAUUUCUGUUAACUGUAAAUAUUCUCUCAAUAAGUGAACAUGUAGUACAGUAUGAUUUCAAUCAUGAAUUGUGUCAAUCAAAACAUUUCACUUUGUAAAUAUGUCAUGGAGGUAAAGAUGUUUUAUAGGGGAAGGAUGAAAGGCUUCCAGAAACAGACCGUAUAGGGUUUGUCAACACAACAUGAGCUGUAUGAAUCACUCCAAUAUUUUGGUAUCACUCUGCGCCGGAGGGAUACAUCCGAGGUGAGGAUUUACAGAUUUACUCCCAUGUACACCUGUGUCAUGGCUGGGGUCCGCCCCUAUAUAUAGACUCCAUGGCGGUGUCACACAUUCUCUACAUCAUUUUUGAGGCCCCUCUAGGACCGUAGAGGAUUGGAGUGAUACAUAUAGCUCACAUAACCGUGGUUACAUACGUAACCUUCGUUAUGUUUCACUAUAUUGGAUCACUCUAAUAUAUUGCUAUACGCGUACCAGAUUAGUCUGUGCUAGAGGGACCUGGCCAGCCAGCGGCAAAGUCCCAGCGCAGGACUGGGGACCUCAGUCCAUCCUGAUGGUUGAUGUAAGCCACCAAUGCGGUGUUGUCUGUUCUCACCAGGACAUGUCUUCCUUUCAGAUGUGGAAGGAAAGACCGCAGGGCCAUGGAGUCGUAGUGUAAAGUUAACAAAACACAAGGAUGACAAACCACGGGCAGAAGAUACAGAUCAACCGUGCGCAGCAAGUGGAGCACUCAAGAGGAGCGGACGUCCGCUGAGAAAAUGAAAGAGAACUUGUCACGGCCAUGGGGUCUAUAUAUAGGGGCGGACCCCAGCCGUGGCACAGGUGAUCACAGGAGUAAAUCUGUAAAUCCUCACCUCGGAUGUAUCCCUCCGCCGCGGAGUGAUACCAAUAAAUUAGAGUGAUCCAAUAUAGGGAAAUAUAAUCACAUUUUAUGAGCACUCACUGAUGUUUAUGUGUUUUUAUGUGUCGCAUAUUGAAUGUCUUUCUGCUAUCAUAUUAUGUCGUAUAAUAGCAUUUCAAAAACAGGAUUGCAAGCGGUGGAUGGAUACCCAACUCAGAACUAGAAAGUAAUCUAAAAACAAUCUGAACAAAAUAGAAUUUCAGGAAAUUUCCUUUAAAACUGUGGUACGUCACUGAACCUUAAGCCAAAAUUUGGGUGGGGUACCAGGAAUGAUAGGGUUAUUGUAUAAGGUGUAACUAAAGAUGGUUCCAUUGCCUUAUGUUUAGAGUUCAUACUGAAAUGAACACAUAAGAGGUCUAAGCUGUGAAGGGAUAUUAUGGUAGGUUGAUCAACAUGUGCUAAUAGUCUCGAGCAGUCAAAUCAUACUGGAUAGUAUGUACUGGGACUAAGCUGAAGGGAUCUUUAGGCUAAAGAGUCGCAUGCCACUAAAGACAACAUACACUUUGGAGUAUCUGAAACAUCUGAAAGGAGUGACUAAUGAUUGUAAUAUUGAGCUACUCAAAGUGCAUAGUGCACUUUGAGUAGAAAAGUAGGAAAGCUAGGAAAAGCGGCAUGGUUUGGUUUGGUAUGCCUCUUCCGACUUUUACAUGUAUUCCUGUGAAUUGCUACUAACCAAGAUGUUCUCCAUCCCCAGUCAUGUUUGAUACACAGCUUUCUCGUUCACUGUGAAAUGUUAAACAUCUGAAAUAGGUUAAAUCAAGUUCGUUUUAAUCAUAUGUGGAGUGGAGGAAGUGAAUUUGCCUUGGUUUGACCUAUAAGGUUAUCAGUAUUCUUAUUUUGAACCUAUGCAAACCUUAGUACUGCAAUCCAUCAUCUGUCUGUGUUGAUGUGUCUUGGUGUCUGACGUAUUGUUUGGCGCUAAUGUUUAUCACUGUAUUCUGGCUGUUUGCAUGCACGGCAGAAGUACCCCUGUUAUUUUUAUGGUGAGUUUGUAAUCUAGCCUAUAUUUUAUUAAAACAACGACAAUAAAGGCCUUUGUGAUGGGAAAUUUAAA